AUGGCCGAGCCGUACGAGUACGAGGACGGAAUGGACGACUACGAGGACGAGGAGGACGACCGCGUUUUGCCCGAAGACUGCUGGGCAGUUAUCAGCUCCUUCUUCGACACGAAGGGUCUGGUCUCGCAGCAACUGGAUUCAUACGACGAAUUCACGCGCAACACAAUACAAGACAUUGUAAAAGAAAACGGAAGCGUGAUCCUCGAGCAAAACACGCCCUACAACCCCGACGACGACGACAACCCAAUCAUCAAGCGCCGCUAUGAGAUCAAGUUUGGACGUGUCUACCUUGCGCGACCGACACAUACUGAAGGCGAUGGUACGACUGUACAGCUGUACCCGCACGAGGCGCGUCUGCGCAACCUCACCUACUCCGGUGCCAUGUUGGCCGACAUCGAAAACCGCAUCAUGGUCGCUCGUGAGGGACGCGAUCCCGAAGGCGAUGAGGAUGAAGACAUGGAGGGUGGCUACACAGGAGGCGCAUCUCAGAUUCGGUGGGAGCGCGAGGAUAUGCCCAUGGACGACGGCGCUGCGGCGAGAGUUUUCAUCGGAAAGCUGCCUGUGAUGCUGCGGUCGGAGCUUUGCCACCUGCGAGCCCAAUCAGAUGCCGACUUGUUCUCGCUGAACGAGUGCCCUUAUGACCAGGGUGGCUACUUCGUUAUCAACGGUAGUGAGAAGGUGUUGAUUGCUCAGGAACGCAGUGCUGCCAACAUCGUGCAGGUCUUCCGAAAGAAGCAGGGUCCCAUUCCAUGGAUUGCGGAAAUUCGAAGCGCUGUCGAAAAGGGCACACGCCUGAUUUCUUCCUUCAACAUCAAGUGGGCGGAGAACUCGCUCGCCGGUCCUGGCAAGCGUAUUCCCGGUCCGUUCGCGUACGCCACACUUCCGUACAUCAAGGCAGAUGUGCCAAUGGCCAUCGUCUUCCGCGCUCUUGGUAUUGUUUCCGACGAGGAGAUUCUUAGCCACAUUGUUUAUGACCGUACCGACACACAAAUGCUGGAGCUUUUGAAACCCAGUAUUGAGGAGGGUUCAGUUGUGCAGGACCGGGAGACUGCCCUCGAUUUCAUCGCCAAACGUGGUGCCAACUCUGGUACCAAGGACAGGCGUCUCAAAUUUGCGAGAGACAUUAUGCAGCGCGAGUUCCUGCCGCACAUUUCCCAAAAGGAAGGUCAGGAUACCCGCAAAGCCUACUUUUUCGGUUACAUGAUCCACCGACUUCUGCAGUGUGUGUUGGGUCGCCGCGACGAGGACGACCGUGACCACUUCGGAAAGAAGCGUCUGGAUCUUGCCGGGCCCUUGAUCGCCAACUUGUUCCGUAUCCUCUUCUUGAAGCUCACCAAGGAUGUCUACAAGUACCUCCAGCGGUGCGUUGAGAACAACCAGGACUUCAACGUUCAAAUGGCGGUGAAAGCCAGCAUCAUCACAAACGGCUUGAAGUACUCUCUGGCUACAGGCAACUGGGGUGACCAGAAGAAGGCAGCGUCCGCCAAGGCUGGUGUCUCGCAGGUGUUGAACCGAUACACAUAUGCUUCUACACUAUCCCAUCUUCGUCGAACAAACACACCUGUUGGACGUGAUGGUAAAUUGGCUAAGCCGCGCCAGCUUCACAACUCCCACUGGGGUCUCGUCUGCCCUGCCGAGACACCUGAAGGACAGGCUUGUGGUCUGGUCAAGAACUUGUCUCUGAUGUGUUACGUCAGUGUUGGUAGCGAUGCGUCGCCUAUUAUUGACUUCAUGACGCAACGUAACAUGCAACUGCUUGAGGAAUACGAUCAGAACCAAAACCCCGAUGCGACCAAGGUUUUCGUCAACGGUGUUUGGGUUGGUGUGCAUUCCAAUGCUCAACAACUUGUUACUGUUGUGCAAGAGCUUCGACGAAACGGAACUCUAUCUUACGAGAUGAGUUUGAUUCGUGACAUUCGCGACCGAGAGUUCAAGAUCUUCACAGAUGCUGGCCGUGUCAUGAGACCUCUGUUCGUUGUAGAAAACGACAUUCGGAAGCCAAACCGAAAUCACCUCAUCUUCACCAAGGAGAUCAGUAACAAACUCAAGGCUGAGCAGCAAGAGACAAGCACACGGCAAGGUUGGAGUCAAGAGGAGGUCGAACAGGCUACCUAUGGCUGGAGAGGCCUGAUCCAAGAUGGUGUCGUCGAAUACCUCGAUGCCGAGGAAGAAGAGACUGCCAUGAUAACAUUCUCCCCUGAGGACUUGGAAGAAUGGCGAGAGAUGAAGAUGGGCUUACCUGCGGCUGAGCGCUCCACCGAGGGCAAGGACCGUCUCCGCCGUCUUAAGCCCUUGCCAGACCCUCGCAUCCAUGCCUACACUCACUGCGAAAUUCAUCCGGCCAUGAUUCUAGGUAUUUGCGCCAGUAUCAUUCCUUUCCCAGAUCACAACCAAUCGCCCCGUAACACCUAUCAAUCUGCUAUGGGCAAACAAGCCAUGGGUGUUGCCCUUACCAACUUUGCGCUGCGCAUGGAGACGAUGAUGAACGUCCUCUACUACCCCCAGAAACCUUUGGCGACAACUAGGUCAAUGGAGUAUCUCAAGUUCCGUGAGCUUCCUGCCGGACAGAACGCUAUUGUCGCCAUUGCCACAUAUGGUGGUUACAACCAGGAAGAUUCCGUCAUCAUGAACCAGAGUAGUAUCGAUCGCGGUCUCUUCAGGAGUUUGUUCUACCGCGCGUACACUGAACAAGAGAAGCGAAUUGGUGUGAACGUCCUCGAACAGUUUGAGAAGCCCACACGUGCCGACACUCUCCGUUUGAAGGGUGGUACCUAUGACAAGCUUGACGAUGAUGGUGUUGUCGCUCCCGGUGUACGUGUGUCUGGCGAUGAUAUCAUCAUUGGAAAGACAGCACCUAUUGCGGCAGAUGCCCAGGAGCUUGGUCAGAAGACUACUCUACACACCAAGCGAGAUGUCUCAACGCCUCUUCGAAGCACCGAGAACGGUAUUGUCGACCAAGUGCUCUUUACUACCAACACUGAAGGUCUUCGGUUCGUCAAGGUCCGUACCAGGACAACCAAAGUACCACAGAUUGGUGACAAGUUUGCUUCUCGUCACGGUCAAAAAGGUACCAUUGGUAUAACCUACCGACAGGAGGACAUGCCUUUCACUCGUGAGGGAGUGACGCCAGACUUGAUUAUCAACCCUCACGCCAUUCCGUCUCGUAUGACAAUUGCCCAUUUGGUCGAGUGUCUGCUGUCCAAGGUUGGUGCCAUUACAGGUCAGGAGGGUGACGCCACGCCCUUCACCGACGUCACUGUUGAUCAAAUCUCGCAGCUGCUGGAAGAGGCUGGCUACCAAAAGCGUGGUUUCGAGAUCAUGUACAAUGGCCACACUGGUAAGAAGCUGCGAACGCAAAUCUUCUUAGGCCCGACGUACUACCAGCGUCUGAGGCAUAUGGUCGACGAUAAGAUCCACGCUCGUGCCCGUGGACCGCUGCAAAUCCUUACCCGCCAGCCUGUGGAGGGUCGUGCUAGGGAUGGUGGUCUUCGUUUCGGAGAGAUGGAACGUGAUUGUAUGAUUGCUCACGGUGCUGCUGCCUUUUUGAAGGAGCGUCUCUUCACAGUGUCAGAUGCGUACACGGUACACGUGUGCGACAUUUGCGGUCUGAUGAGUCCUAUUGCUCAACUCAAGAAAGGCCUCUACGAAUGUCGGCCCUGCCACAACAAGACGCGCAUCUCCCAAAUUCACAUUCCCUACGCCGCCAAGCUUCUCUUCCAGGAAUUGCUCGCCAUGAACAUUGCUACGCGCAUGUUCACGGACCGCUCGGGUCUCAGUGUGCGUGACUAGUCUGUCUGCCAGUAGGUUAAAAAAUCUACAGACUAGAAGAGCCACCACCCCAUGCCUCCCUCUCCCUCAAUUGAUUUGCAAAUCCAACUCCACCUCCUCACCUCCCUCGCUCAAAGAUUGAAAUCUAAUGAUCGUCUUUGGUGUAUAUUCCUGCUCUCGAGGCUUGCAUCGUUAUGACGUUGUUUUUACUUAAUGUACUUGGAGGAGUCCUUUUUAUCAUGUAUUCAUCUUGAUUUUUUUGUUUUUCGCAGAGUAUGAAAAAGAAAAAUGCGAGAAGAGGAAGGAGAGAGAGAGAGAGAGAGGGAAACAGUGAGGGAUUGAUUGAAUCCAAACGGUACUACCGCGCACAUUUCGUGCGCUUGCCCCAAAGCGUUUCUUUUACUCUGAAUCAAACUGAAUUGGACUAAGUAAAUGAAAUGAGGGACUC